CACCUGCCGCCGGUGGAACCCAUUAACAGAAGUUUCUUAUUCUCUUCUUUGAUUUCGAAAUUCAGACCCUCCAUCCCGAAAAAAAAAGAAGAAGAUAUAUUAUCAAAUUUUGAUUUCCUUUUAGCAAAGAUACUUACACCAUACCUCUCUUUUUCAAAAGUUCUGUGAUCCAUCAGUGAGUGAAGCUUCUUUUUGAAAUGAAGUCGUCGAAGUAGGCGCUAGGAAAACGACGCCGUAAAAUGCUGUGCAGGAAGGCUUCCCGGAGACGCAGUUCAGGAUCGGUGCCGGUGUACCUCAAUGUAUACGAUCUGACUCCCAUUAACGGCUAUGCGUACUGGUUCGGCCUCGGCGUGUACCAUUCCGGCGUUCAAGGGUUUCGGAAUUGCUAUUUGGCUGUAGUUCACGGAGUAGAGUACGCUUUCGGAGCUCACGAGUACUCGACCACGGGAAUUUUCGAAGGCGAACCUAGACGGUGCGAUGGCUUCGCUUUCAGGAAGACGAUACUGAUCGGAAAGACAGAUAUGGGAGCCGAGGAGGUUAGGCGGGUGAUGGAAGAGCUCGCCGGCGUGUACAAAGGGAAUGCCUAUAAUCUCAUCACCAAGAACUGCAACCAUUUCUGUAACGAUGCUUGUAUCAGACUCACCGGAAAUCCUAUUCCCAAUUGGGUGAAUCGUCUCGCCAGAAUCGGGUUUUUGUGCAAUUGUGUUCUUCCGGUGACAUUGAACUCGACGAGGGUGAGGCAUCACAGAAUAGAAGAUAAGCACUGUUGUGAAGGAGAGAAGCAAGCAUUAACGGGCGAGUCGAAUGAUAAUAAUAAAGCCACUGCUUCGAAUUCAUCAGCGUCGGCGACACCAUCCCCGGCGAACUCUGGCUCCAGAUUGCGCAGGGGAAGGAGUAGAACCAGACGCCCUCGUCCUCCUUCUUCACCAUUGAUUAUUGGUUCUUCUGCAUCUUCCUGAUCUAUUAGGCCAGUUCUGAAACUUUUUCAAGUUUUUUUUUUUAAAUCUUUCUUUUUGUUGCCUUUUCGUUUUCAAAUUCACAACGAAAGAAGGAACAUAUGACUAGGUUUGUUUUCCUUUUCUCAAUUUGAAUUUUGUGAAUCUUGUUCAUUCUUUAUCAUCCAAUUAGCAGCUUAUAAGGCUUA